AUUAUUAUUAUUAGAUAGAUUAGAUGAACCUGCGGGGUUCUAUCUUCUUCUUCGGUGUCAUUGUGAACUUGCCCUCGAUUCUUCCCCCAAGACUCUGACCUUAAAACAUGUACACUUUCAGGGCACUGCGAAGAUCUGUUGGUCGAAAAUACUCCCAAUUUUCCACUCCCAUUGACAAGCUUUCAUGGGUGAGCUUCAUAGCCGCAUCUCAGCAAGCUGAUGCCUGCACUCCCAAUCGAUGGCACCCUCAUUACCAGAGUCGAAGGACUCUCAUUUUGGAGCCUUUGGGUUCUGAAUAUGUCAAGCUUCGAAAACUUGACGGCUCCGAUUCUGGGAUUCUUGAGGCUACCUUGGACAGGCCUAAAAAUAAGAAUGCUAUAGACACUAAAUUGAUGAGAGGCUUGAAGCAUGUAUUAGAAUUGAUUCAUCAGGACUCGUCGGCUAAUGUUGCUAUUUUCACUAGUUCGGUUCCUGGGGUUUACUGUGCUGGGGCUGAUCUUAAGGAACGCAAGACCUUUAGUGCAUCUGAGGUUAGGGAAUAUUCGAAAGCUCUUCGUGCCACAUUCUCAUAUCUAGAGGCACUUCCUAUACCAACUAUUGCUGUAGUUGAAGGAGCAGCAUUGGGUGGUGGACUUGAACUUGCCCUGGCAUGUGAUUUUCGUAUCUGCGGAGAAGAGGCUCUCUUGGGUUUGCCAGAAACUGGACACGCUAUAAUCCCUGGGGCUGGAGCCACAAGAAGAUUACCCAGGUUGAUAAAUAAGGCGAUAGCAAAGGAUCUGAUAUUGACAGGAAGGAGGGUUCGGGGCAGAGAAGCAGAAUCUCUGGGUCUAGCGAAUUACUGUGUUCCUGCUGGGGAAGCUUAUUCAAAAGCAAUGGAGGUUGCUCGGGUUAUCAAUGACAAGGGUCCAAUAGCUAUAAAGGCAGGAAAAAGAGCAAUAGAGGAGGGCUUGUUGGUGAGUAAUCCAGAAGAAGCAGCAGAUUUGGAAGAAGAAUGCUAUGAGAUGACGUUGAAUACCAAAGAUAGGCUGGAAGGCUUGGUUGCUUUUGUUGAGAAGCGCAAGCCCAUCUACGAAGGCCAAUGAAAGAAACAUCCACGCUCCUCUUGCUUCAAUCAAUGAUCCAAUCGCACCCUCAGUUCCAAAAAAAUUGCCUCAAUUUGUAUCGCAAUUGGCAAACUCUAAACGUUCAUCACGGUUUGGCCACCAACAAAUAAAAUCAUGGCGGAACACUUUAAAUUGGAAAAUUAUCCCUAUUCGCCCUUCAGCCUUAGAUUCCAAUAACCUUUCGGCAUUAUAGAAUUAGUUUCUUAUCUUUUUUCAAAUGUUGGAUCUUGCAAGGAACAAGUGCAUGUGCAUUUCCGGUGAAGCAUCCAAUUUCAACUACAUUUUUCUUUA